AAACGUUGCAAUUACAGGCUUCCCGCCAGUUCCGUUAAAUUUCUUUCGUUUCAUUAAUAAGUUUUCUACUGAUGUCUGUACAGUCUGGCAAGUCAGCAUCUGUAGACUUCUGGUGUUGGGAUGAAGUAGUUCGCAAGACUAAAUCUACAGUCCUUGUUCUUGAGUCUCUGAGAUCAGAACAACAGCAGAUAUCUGCUGAUUUAGAUUUAAUAGCGAAUUCGAAAGACGCCGAUCAGCACGAUAUUUUAUAUGCCAAGGAAAAAGCAUCUUCUUUGGAUUCAAUCAUUCAAAAAAUUUGUAAAGGUUUGGAUGAUGCCAACGUUGUAAUAUUAUUUUGUGACUACCUUCAAAAAGUAGAAGCAGAAAAACAAAAGUUACGGUAUCAGAGUCGUCGGCUUUUUCAGGAGAACUCUUGGUUGAGAGAUGAACUUGCGGUUGCCCAAGAAGCACAUAGGAAAAGUGAACUAAAGAUAGUUCAACUUGAAGAAGAAGUAAAGCAUCUUCAAUUUAGCAGUGAAUUGCGAAAAUAUGACUCUUCUGAACCUGUGGAAUCCUCGGGACUAACCGAUGGUGAGAAAAAUAAUGAUAAAACUGCCCUUGAUCUUGGGUUUCCUCCUGAUGAUAAAGAAGAAGGAGAUCAAUAUGGAAUGACACAGAGUCAAACUGUCUCCAUGUCACAGGGUGUUCAUAACUACGAAAUACCAACGCGUUUGCGAACACUUCAUAAUUUGGUAAUACAGUAUGCUAGUGAAGGUCGUUAUGAAGUAGCGGUCCCACUGUGCAAACAAGCUUUAGAGGAUCUCGAAAGAAACAGUGGACGCAAUCACCCUGAUGUUGCGACAAUGCUGAAUAUUUUAGCUCUUGUAUAUCGUGAUCAAGGAAAAUACAGAGAAGCUGCAACAUUAUUGAAUGAUGCCCUAACGAUUCGAGAAAAGACGUUGGGACCUGAACAUCCUGCUGUGGCUGCGACUUUAAACAACUUGGCUGUGCUUUAUGGUAAACGUGGAAAAUAUAAAGAGGCGGAACCAUUGUGUAAAAGGGCUUUGCUAAUUAGGGAGAAUGUUUUGGGGCAGGAUCAUCCGGAUGUUGCUAAACAGUUAAAUAAUUUGGCUUUAUUGUGUCAAAACCAAGGGAAGUAUGAAGAGGUGGAGUUGUACUAUCAACGAGCCUUGGAAAUUUAUAUACACGAUCUCGGACCAGACGAUCCAAAUGUAGCUAAAACUAAAAAUAAUUUAAUAUUGGUACGAGGAGGUACCAAAUACAUAUGCGCCACACAAAUCUCAUUGGAUAUGUGCAACGAACUACGCAGCAACAAAGACUCUAAGGUAGAAGAUACUAAAGUAACACAACACUACACAAUACUUUUUAACUACAAAAAUGAUUUUGAGUUGCAUCAACCAAAAUCUCCAGUUACCGAGUUCGGUUGUCCUACAGACCGUGAUGACAAAACUGUUAUAUCCUAGCGAAGAUUAAAUUAUGCGUAACUUCUGCGAGCUAUUAAUAGACUAAUAUUAUACAUAUAAUCUUAUCAUAUAAAUAUCGAGUAGCUAGAUCAUGUGUAUUUAUAUUCCUCAUUAUAAGCUUUAUUCUGAUCCAUAGACUAUUAUUAUGCGACUUACUAUUCUCAAGUUAUUCGCAAAUUAUUAGUUCCAGUCUCUCACAACCACAACCACUUUUUGUCUUGAUCUUAUACAAUUGUUAGUUUUUUAAUUUAAGAUAUGAUGUGGUCUGGUUUGCUUGUAUAUAAACAAAGUAUGUCUGAAAUAAAUGAUUCGUAUAAUGGAAGCUGUUAUAAGCGUUCUUGUCUCAACAGGCAGGGCUAGGCAGGAACAAGGACCCAUAAGGAUGCUAGGCUGUUCAUACCGGUCAAAAAGUUUUUGGUUUUUUACAUUGUUAAGAUUGUAUAAGUCGUGUUCUGAUUGGUGAAUAAAUCACGUGAUAUUUAACCGGUCGAAAGUCACAACAGUAAAGAAUAGAAAAUAUUUUGUCUAGAAUUUAUAAUAUUGGCAUUUGUACCUUACAUCACUUACGUAUUUACUUACGCCUGUUACUCCUCGUGAAGGAGCAUAUGCCGCUCACCAGCAUUCGCCAUCCAACCCUGUCCUGGACAAUCCUUCCCAGUUCAUUCCUGUCGAUAUUCAUUAUUUUCAUGUCUGAUUCUAUUUCCCGACGUAUUGUGUUCUUAAGCCUUCCUCUUUUCCGCUUGCUUCAGGAUUCCAAGUUAGGCCUUGCCUCGUGAUGCAGUUUGAUGAUUUGCGUGAUGUAUGUCCUAUCCAUUUGCAUCGUCUUUUCCUAAUUUCCUCUUCAACUGGAAUGUGGUUUGUUCUCUCCCAGAGAAGGCUGUUGCUGAUGGUAUCCGGCCAAUAGAUGUUGAGUAUCUUGCGUAGAUAACUAUUUAUAAAUACUUGUACCUUUUUGAUGGUGGUUGUUGUAGUUCUCCAAGUUUCAGUUCUGUACAAUAGAACUGACUGUGUUGACGUUGGUAUUGAAGAUUGUGACUUUGAUAUUGGUUGGAAGUUGUUUUGAGUUGCAUAUGUUCUUCAAUUGUAGGAAUGCGGCCCUUUGCAAAUGAUUCCCCAUUUUCGUUUCUCUCUCCCAGUCCAUGUCGUCCCAUGAUAUCUUCAUAUCUGGUGUUGUCUAUUCCGACUUUGGCGUUUAGAUCUCCCAUUAGAAUGGUGAGGUCGUUUCUUGGGCGCCUUUCAUAGAAUUGAUCUUUAAUGUCGUCGUUGCUAUCACUGGUGAGUGCAUAACAUUGGAUAAUAUUCAUUGUGAUCCCCUCCUUCUUUGUUUUGAAUGAUGCUUUGAUGAUUGUGGAUCCGUGAGAUUUCCAUCCUACAAGUGCACUUCGUGGUACUUUGAACAACAUUAGAGCAAGUCUCUGAGUGUGUGGAGCAUUUUGCUGUUGGUGACCGGAGUACAGCAGCAUCUCUCCCGUAUUUAGGCUUUGUUGUUCAGCUUGAGUCCAAUGGGUUUCGCUGAUUGCCAGUACUGCCAAGUUGUAUCUCCUCAUUUCCGUUGCUAUUAGACUGGUCUCCGACAUUGUCCGGACGUUCCGUGUAGCUAUAAAAAUUGUUGGUCUGGUUGUUAGAAUGGUCAUCGGCCUCGUGGCUUCUGAAGGAACUCGGCUUUCACCAUGAGGUGUCAUAUUCGUUCUAAAUGAAGACGUUCUAACUCCCAGGUCAGAGUUAAAAUGGUUUGAAUUAUUUUUCUUGUUUAGUGUUUUGUUAGCGAGUUAGUGUUUUACGGGAUGGUAUCGCUAACCACAUGCCAAACCCUCCUCCUUUACCCGGGCUUGGGACCGGAAGUAACUCUAGAAGAGCUACGUGCGGAGUUUGUAAC